CAACAAAUGACCAAAACCACAAUACACCAACAAAAUUACAAAACUAUACCAAUACAGAAUAAUGAUGAAAUUAUAAAACUACCAAAUUCACCACUAGCAACAAGAAGCAAACAGCAACAAUAG